AUGAUUCGAGUCCCUGCAGAAUGGCGAUGCGCUCAAUACGACUGCUUGUUAGUUCAAAUCACUCAUGAUACCUUUUUCUUAUGCCGCUCCGUCCCACUACCUUAUCCUACCACUAUUUAUACUUUAACUACGAAGGUACGUCUGCCCAUUGAUGAAGCUCGGCGAUUGCUUAUCUGUCAGGAUGUUAUUGAGCGAGAGGAGCGGGCCGUACGAUGGAUGGAUCGAUCUAAUGCCAAUAUUAUGUGGUCCUACAACCUUUUUGGAAUCCAUCCCGGCGCCGCAGACGAGCUCCCAGCAGAUGUGUCUAAGUUAACUUUUCACUGCGUGUCACAAACCUGUAUUCUGCAGAGCGUCGUUUGUCGCGGGUUACGGCUGGAUGUCCGGGCGACAGUGGCCCUCUUAUCCGCUUCUAUGAUGGGGUGCUAUGUGAUCCCUGGUUCUGUCGUCGACACCGCGAACGGUUCCUAUGAAGUAGUUCAAAUCGAAAAGAAGUCUGGCACCGGUCUUGGCAUCGUAGGAGGGGGUUGCCGGGUUCGGCUUAACAAUACCACCGCCGUCAGCGUUGGGGGCAACUGCACCCUACCAAGUCGCCCAGUCGGAUUGGAUGAUGCUGUCAUCCAGAUUGAGACGGUCCUAUCCAUGAUUAAAAAGGAUGCCGGGAAAGCAUCCGGUGUCUUAGUGCACGGACCCAGGGGGUGUGGAGUGGGGAGUCUGAUAAUAUAUUGCUUAAGGUCACAGCCUGAAAUUGAGUUGCUGCCCUGGAGCACCACCUUUGAUGCUUCCUUUCUGCGACGGAAAAUUCGUGGUUCGAUCGUAGCACUGUAUCUCCCCUCCUGCGAGCGUUUUUUUCCUGUUCAAGACGACGAUUUUGCGCGACUUACACUUCGUAAACUUCUGAAAGAUGUCAACUUGCUUACGGUAAGUCUUAAUGGUCAUCAACCCUCAGUAUUAGUGGUUGCAUCUACACACCAACUCGGUUCCUGUUGUGCCGAAGGUGUUCUAAAGUCUUUUUUUUCUGUACAGGUUCGUUUAUCACUACCUGACACAAAUCAACGUGCAGCUCUUCUUGCUGCUGUGCAAGGUGGCCAAUCAGCAGAUUGGAUAGCUAAAGCUCAGUCACUUAUUGGGAAAACGUCCGCUGACGUGCUAAGCAUUGCAAAAGUUGGAGGAUGGGAGUAUAGGCUGCCAUUCAAAGUGGUUCGAUGGGGUGACAUUGGUGGUCUUCGUGAGGUCAAGGAACGCUUGCAUCGUGCCUUGGUUUGGCCUCAACGCCACCCGGAAGUCUUUAAAAAGUUCAACCUUCUGCAUCCGAAAGGCAUUCUUUUGUAUGGUCCACCAGGCUGUGCGAAGACGACGCUGGUAAAAGCAUUGUGCUCGGAAGGGCAUUUUUCUUUAAUCUACUUAGAUUCUGCUAGUGUAGUGAGUGCUCACGUGGGUGAAAGUGAGCGGCGGGUGCGUGAUGUGUUUGCUCAGGCUUCGCAGCGAACCCCAUGCAUUGUUUUUUUUGACGAGGUGGAGGUAAUUGGAGCAAAGCGGGAGAGUGGGGGGCACCAAGCUGAGAGUGUGCGACUUCUUUCGACCUUACUAACGGAGAUGGAUGGCUUCAUAGCCUCCCACGGAGUUUGCUUUGUAGGUGCUACUAAUGUUCCUCAUCUUGUCGACCCUGCGUUGCUGCGACCUGGCCGUUUUGACUACUUGGUGUACGUUCCUUUACCUUCGUCCAAGGAUAGGGAAGAAAUUUUGUCACUUCACCUGGGGUCUACUGCUGUAGAUGUAUCUGUACUUUCUGCGCUGACCGAAGGAUUUAGCGGGGCAGAUUUGGGUGCCCUCUGUACUGCCGCCCUCCUAGAGCUAUUGGGGGGAAAUGAGUCAUUACCAAGCUUGCUGUAUGACGUAGAAUCGAUGAUGCCUUUUAUGAAGAGCAAAAUCCAGUCUUUCAAAAGGAGCAACUACAACUCUGUCGCCAUCGAAGAGUUCCACCGUAAGUAUGUUUCUGUAUAA